ACAGAAGGACACUGAGAGCAUCAGCAGCGUCACUCUUUUUCAUGCAGCAUUCUAAAAUAACCUAUAGUACUGUUUUUGCAUGUAAGAGAUCAAGAUAACUUGCUUAGCAAUAGGAAGGAGGAGGAAUUUACAUUUGAUCUUGCAAUUUCUCUGUCUUUUGGGAUAAAACAGCAGCAGGUUGUGCAGCGGUGAAACAGAGGAGCACAAGGACUCUUACUGUUAAUGUGAAGCUGUCCAGGUGAAGGACUUGGCUUGCGCCAUCCUCCCUUUGCAGGACGCUGAAGGAACUGGCAGGGUUUGUUCACUGACUGCUGCAGUUGGACAGACAAUAACUCAGUGUGCCACAGAGGUGAAUGAGACAUGAGAUUAUCUGAGAGAGCUGCAUUCAACCCUGCACCAACGCCGUCUCUCAUUGUGUUGCUGGUUGUCCUCUGGUCUGCCUGAGCGUGUUCAUGUGUUUUGGAGGAGGCGUGACUUUGGAGAGUGAUUUGCAGGGAAGACUGAAAUCAUCUCAAAAUGGACCAUCAGGACCACAUGAAUUCUGGACAGCUGGGUGACUCUCAGCACUCUCCUGGGAACAACAUAGCAUCUGGUGUAGCCAACAUGACCAUCAGUGGCGGCCAUCAACAAGACAUGAAGAAUGGGACAGCAGCACAUAUGGGACCGGGUCAUGGGCCAGUGAAAGAGGAUACACAUGAACCAACGCCUGAGGUGACCACCCAAAAGCCUGUUUUAGAAGACUCCGAACCCAAGCCCUCCUUUGAUAAAGAUGUGCCAUUGGUGUUGUCUGUGGCUGUUCCUAUCAUUCUGCCUUCCACGUCAUCAGAAGAGUUAACACCCGGAAGUCCGCCCGAGAGUGGCCGGAGCAGUGCGGCAUCAGUGGAUGGGGAGGGAGAGCGAGAGAAUGGGGAGAAGGAAAGCUCUUUCAGCCCAAGAGAGUCUCCACAUCCAUUACCGACACCUCUAGCUGAUGAUUUGGGUUCAAGAAUCACAGGCUUUGACAGCCAGGUGAAGAGGAGUCCCUCAGAAAAGAUGACUGACCAUCAUAGUGCCAGUGGAUCUGAGGAGGAGGAGAAAGAAGAAAAUGAGACGGAGAAAUCUGAAAGAAAAUUUGGUUCUCCCAGUGUGGAAGAAGCUUCCAGAAGUGCUAUCAACAUAAAAGAAGAUAAAGAAGAUGAAGAAGAGGACAAAGAGGCAGUUAGUGAUGAUGAAGAGGAAGAAACAGGAGUUUCCUUCCUGCCCAGUUCUAUCACCCCAGACUUGACAACCCAGAAAGAUGACAAUAUUGAUGAUGAACAAGAAACCCCUUCUCAUCUUCCCAUGACUCCAGAGGAAGCUAAAAAACGUGGCCUAUCGUUUGACUACACCGAACCUCAGGAUCCCGGUCGUCAGGGUGGUCCUGUGGGCUGGGAAUGCAGCUCUGACAAAACACCACCAGAAAGCAAGAGCCCCGAAUCCUGCAGGGCUGAUCCGGGAUCACCUCUUUCUCCCAUUGCUGCUGCCGAACCUACCAAAGAGGAAUCAUCUCUAACAGACUUACAAACGGAUGAUCGGGAUGAAGAAGUAGUAGAGGUACCAGAACCUGAACAAGAAGACGAGGCGAUCACCAUUCCUCCAUCUUUCCAAGAAGUUGCUGCACCCAAGAUGCAGCCUAAGGCAGAGGAAUGUAGAGAACCUGAAGAAGAAAAAGAGAUCAAGCAGGAGAAAUAUUUGGAGACGAGCGAUGAUGAUCACAUUGAGAUGGAAAAACUCCAGCCUGUUGCCACACCUGAGCCUGUUGCCACACCUGAGCCUGUUGCCACACCUGAGCCUGUUGCCACAUCUGAGCCUGUUGCCACAUCUGAGCCUGUUGCCACACCUGAGCCUGUUGCCACACCUGAACCUGUUGCCAUUCCUGAACCUGUUGCCAAAACUGAACCUGAAGCUAAGGAUGCCGUUAAGCCCAGCGCCCAAGUAAUGCCCACAAAAGCAUCAAGCAAAGCAGCUCCUAUCAAAGAAUCUCCUGCCAAAAAAACAAAGAAACCCGUCGCUACAGUUGCUGCUACUCCUUCCCCUAAAUCUGCUCCUAAGCUUCAGAAAACUCCCUCUAAAGAUGCUGCUCCGGCCAGAAAAGCAAGUGUCCCAUCCAAAGCCAAGGCUGGAGCAGGGGCAACUCCUGAAAAAAAGAUAUCAACCACAACCCCGCAUGCAAAAGCUAGACCUACUUCUGCCCCCCAAAGAGGGUCUUCAGUCUCAGGCAUCCCCAGCAAAAAGCCCUCAGUCUCUUCCUCAACUCCACCAUGUCGCUUUAGCAGUCCAGGCUUUGCAAACUCUGUAAAAAGGCCCAACAGUGCAGGAGCAAGAGAGUCCAGGGCCACGGCUGGAGAUGCCAAGAUGAAGACAGCGGGUGCCAAACCCCAAGGAGUUGGCACCAAAAUCCCUGCUGCUUCACGGAUGGAGCAGCGAAAGGCAGGACCAGGGUUCAUUGAAAGAGCUGACUCACCUAAAACCCCAGACCGUAGUGGUUGCAGCAGCCCAGCCAGUCGGUCCUCCACCCCUGGACAACAGGUGAAGAAAGUAGCGGUGGUGCGCACCCCUCCCAAAUCACCUGGUUCAUUGAGAUCUCGUGCCCCGAUCGCUCCUGUUGCACCCAUGCCUGACCUGAAGAACGUCAAGUCCAAGAUUGGCUCCACUGAGAACCUCAAAUACCAACCUGGAGGCGGGAAGGUGGCUAUUGUUCAUAAGAAGAUCGACUUUUCUAAUGUUCAGUCUAGAUGUGGAUCCAAAGGCAAUAUCAAGCAUGUUCCUGGAGGUGGUAAUGUUCAGAUAGUGCACAAAAAGAUCGACCUAAGCAACGUCCAAUCAAAGUGUGGUUCCAAGGCCAACAUUCAUCACAAACCAGGAGGUGGAAAUGUGGAGAUCAAAUCUGAGAAGUUGGAUUUCAAAGCCCAGUCAAAGGUUGGAUCUCUGGAGAACAUUGGACAUGUUCCUAGGGGUGGACAGAGGAAGAUUGAGAGCCACAAGCUAAGUUUCCGAGAGCAAGCCAAAGCGCGCACCGACCACGGCGCUGAGAUCGUGUACCAGUCCCCCGACAUUUCCACGGAUGGAUCUCCCCGCCGCCUCAGCAACGUGUCUUCCUCCGGCAGCAUCAACAUGACCGACUCCCCGCAACUGUCCACACUAGCUGAUCAGGUGUCAGCCUCACUCGCUAAACAAGGCCUGUGAGCUGCAGGCCCAAACGUGUUGGCAAUUAACAAAUUGAAAAAAAAAAGUAAAAAAUGUAUCUCCUUCAGUCCUUUCAAAAGAGGUGCUUGUCGGAUUUCUCCUAACUAAAGGUUGUCCCAGCGGCUUGUCUGCUUGUGAAAUAAUUUUUGCCUCCUGGCACGGAGAGACAGGUAUUGAUGUUAUUGGCUUAGUAUCAACAAAAGAAAAAAACACUACAAUUUAAAAGGAGCUGGUGGUGUAUUGAUCCAAAUGGUCAUUUAUAGCACUGAGUAGCCUGAUUUUGUUCGUUUAAUCCCCCGUUUUUUAAAAGAAACAACAAUGACAUUUGCUUUCAAAGCUGUAUUUGCUUCGUUGCCUUAUUGUGAAUGUUUUUAUUUACCAUAACUUAUGCACUCCUGUUUUGACAUGCAGCAGUAGGGAAGGCAAACAUGCUACAUGGUUUGGAAGGGUGCAGUUAAUGAUACUGGCUAUGAAUUUGAUUGGACAGAAACAUUUCAAACGCUCCUAGUUAAAUUUGAGGCAGUCAGGCUGUAGCGGACACAUAUUUAACAACAAUAGAAGCCUGCUGUAUAAUUAAAUUCACAAAACACCUCAAUUGUGUGUUUGAUCCAAAUUAAAACAGUAAAAACUUUGAUAAAUCACUAUUCAGAUGAGUCUAGGAUGCUGUAAUUCUAAUAUCAUAGUUUGGAAAUUUCGGUACCAGACUUUACCUGUGAAUUAUUUUAAACUGCACAUCCUAAUUCAUCCCCACAGCAAAUUCUCAAGGCUUAUCUGUCCUCAUAAAUGCACAGGAAGUUGCAUCGCUGAUUGAAAUCUGGCUUGGCCUCUAGCGACUCUUGACAGAGAAGAAAGCAAAUGUCAAUAUAUAAAAGUCAUUCAAAAAAAAUUUAAAUAAACUGUUGUACAGGGCUCAACAAUAAGGAUUUUUGUCUAUCUGGACAGUUAUUCACAUUUUAUUUUAUUUUUUUAAAUAUUAAAUUUUUAGCAACAUAUUUUGUGUCUAAAAAUAUACAUUUUAAUUCUAGAUUCAGCUAAAUGACAAAUCCUUACUGAUAAUGUCUACUAAUUAAUGACAACUAUUGCAUCAUUCUUACUGCAUCCAAUACAUCGCUUGAAGCUUCCGUUUUCAAAACAAAAAUGAUUUCUAUGUUUAAAAAGGUUUAUGAGACCAAAUAUAAAAUGUAGUGACUGCCUUUCACAGGCCCCAGAUCACAUGGCCAUCCUUAUUGUUGAGCUCUGAAGUAGUUUGCCCUGCACAAGCACCAUCAAACUGAUAUCACUCAGUACAUCCUCUCACUGUUCCCUUCAACUUAUCUCUGUAUGGUAACGAUGCUUCUGUAUCGAUGGAUUUUUCAGCUUCUGUGUCUAAAAUGCUGUUCCAAAGAAUGUGUCUAUGGACCAAUGAGAGGAUUUCAAAGCACUCAAUAAAAUAACUGUAACAUCACAUCAGGAAAUCUCAUAUUGAGAACAGACAACAGAAAAGUGCCUCCCGGUGUCCAUCAACUACAUUCGAGAAGACUGUCUAUGUUUUAAAGAUUCUCUUUGGUCUAAGAUGGAUUCAGUCAUGUACAGCAUCACAGAGCUGAUUCAUUUGGUGUGAAAUACGAUGCAGGGCAUUUAACACAUAGCCAAACUCCCCUCAGUGCUAAAACCUUCAAUAUAGUCAUCAAACCAAACCACAAUGCUCACACACUGCACAUUUCCAGCAUGCAAUGGACUUCACCCAUGGUCUUGAAUAUAGUAACCACAGUCACCACACCCCUGUCCAACUGUUUAGAAAACUACCUUUACUAGAGCGUUUGACUCAUAUUAAAACAUGAAAAGAAAGGAAAGAAAAAAAAAUGGAGGAAGAUUGAAAAGGAACAAAGCUACCUGCUAAAAUCCAGGUUUAUGUUGCACUCUUUUUUCUAAUAGUAUUGUGUGGACGAUGUAAAAGAUGUACGAAUGCGUUCAGAAGAUCUGAUUUGGAUCUGACUCUAAGCUUUUUAUUUAAUAUCCGCAGUGCGUUGCAGCUUUACGCUCAUUUGAAAGUGAAUGCACUGAUUUGACAGAAGAGCUGCCUCUACACAAACUGCAUUACUCGUUUAGAUGUAUAUCUUGCAUUUAGAAAUGGGGAAGAAUAUAAUAAUAGGUAAAAUAGAGGGAUAAUUUGCAUCCAGAAUCCACAAUAUCAGUAAAGGACUUAACUAGUGCCACAUAUCUCUCUCUCACAUGACCCUGUGAGAAGCUUUAGACGGAUUGCUGUAAACCCAACACUGUGGCCGUCCUUUGUACAGCAUGCUGCUAACAUAAACCUGAGCAUUUAGACGCGUGGGGUUAAGCUGAAGAACAGAUUUAAGAUAAAAUGUUUAAAAAUGGCACUGGAUAAGGCCUUUUAAGUAAUUCUACCCUUUAGCUGUGUUUCAAAUGGUUCUGUAAUAAUCUGUUAACCGGUUCUGAGGUCUCUCUAUCGCUGUCCUCCGUUUCAUUUCCCGCCUCUGCUCUUCUCUUCUCAUCGCAGUUCUUCAUUCUAGCUUGACAGUUGUGAUUGUCUAUCGUAAUGUGUUUUAUUAAUUGGUUUACACUGAUACUCCUUGCUGUAAACGUGAAUUUGGAAAUAAAGUCCGUAUUAAACUACUUUCUGUGUCCUUUGUUUUUCUAUAAAUUUGCUCUUUUGGUGUCCUUUCCCCUUCAGAUCAUUUACUCAGUCACGGUUAUAAACACUAGAUGUACUUAAAGGUACAGUGUCAUUUUCUACGUUCAUGUGAAAAACCAGUCAAAGACUAUUGAAAAAUCCGUUUAAAAUCAUGAAUACCGACUUGAGACAAAAAGGUAAGCAGGAGACUAACGAAAGCAGUUUUUAUUUUACAUGUAGCGGGUCGCCUCGUGUUCAGAUCACAUGACAAGACCAAUACUACGGAACUGAGUAAAUAAUACGGAGAAUAGAUUUUUUUUUUUUUUUUUAAUGAAGUGGGUAACCCAAGUAUAUGAAUGUGAAUGUGCGUGAUGCAGCAUCACCGCUAGACGGCAGUAUAAAGACUAAAUAGCUGUCUUUCCAACUGAGUAGGCUACCUUUCAAAGCAUCCUUGUAUCGUCAGUAAGAAGCUAUUUCCAGAAUGCAAAUCUGAAAACACCAUCAUCCAAAUAUUGCUGCUUUAGUUUAAAUUAU